UAUUUUUUUUAUGAACGCCGCGGCCGCCGGUUUUUUACUGGAUUUUAUUUUAUCCCAACUCCCAAGUGAGAUAAAAAAGUUAACAAAAUAAGAAAAACAGUGGAAUUUAAUAAUGGUAACCACAGAAUACGGUGAUCUUCAUCGUUAUUUAUUAAGAACAGUGGCUAGUUUGGGAGUGAUAUCACUAAAUGAAGCGGAAAAACUUCUAACGGAUUUGUAUGCCGAUCAAACUUUUUCUAUCGCAGAUUUAGUUAAACAGAUAAACGAACAAAUAAAGCCUUUGAAGCAAUCUAUUAAAAUAACAAAUGACGAAUAUACUUCAGAAGAAGUGAUAAUAUUCUUAUCUUUGGGCUAUGAUGAAGCCACAAAAUCGCAAAACUUAUUUUCUCAAUCUGAACUUGAGUAUUUUAGAAUUCUUUUAGAACAAAUAAUGAAUACUGAAGGAAGACAAAUUACGGGAAUACAUGCUCUUAAUUUAGUUGGAAGUAUGAAAUCGUCUUACACCAAGACAGAUGCACAAAAAUUGCUAGACACUUGGUGCCGCAUGCGAUACCUUGAUAAAGAAGAAAACAACUAUGCUUUAGGCGUGAGAACUAUUCAUGAGUUUGAAGGCUAUUUCAGAGAGAAUAUGCCAGAUACUAUUGAAGAAUGUUGCUUGUGCAAGCAAAUUGUAUUCAGAGGUUACAACUGUAUAGGAUGUGCUAAAGCGGUACACACUCGUUGCCUCAAUAAAUAUCUAGAAAAAGUGUCAAAAUGGCCAUGCUGUAAGAUUGAUUUCAGUCCAGAGCACUUGGAAAGGCUUGUUUGUCAGAGUUCCAGAUUUACCCAGAGCCAAAGAUCAACAGAACAUGAAGCUGAGGUAUCUACAGAGGCUGCAGAUAAAUCGGACGAAUUGACACAAGAAAUAUCGAGCCAAGAUAUUAUACCGGAAAUAUCUCAGCGGAUAACAAGGAAACGUAAGAGGCAUAAUGAAUAGUAUUUUGUAUGUAGUUAAUUUGUUUUUUGGUUCUAUGAUUAAAAGUCAUUACUUUAUAUAUA